AUGGCAUCGUUCACGUCGCCAGACAUUGACGAGAAAUUGGCACUUCUCCAUCGAGAAAUGGCAUCUCUUCGGGUUGAAUGUGACCGCCUUCUCAAUAAACAUCUUAUCGUCGAGCACACACUUUCACAGAGUUGCUCUGGUUGGCCGAACGGAGCAGCUGACACGUCAUCUGCUUACAACACGGGCGGUGAAUCCUGUAGGAGUGUUUCAGUGACUCCGGACGGAGUUUUUGUGCCUACCACCAGCAAUUCUCAAAUGCUCCAACCACAACAGUCUCCUCGAGUCCUCCGUCGAACUGUCAAAAUGGCGAGUCCAGCUGUUCAACGUCGUCCAAUUCCACUUCCACAGAAUCUUCCUAUUUCCUCCCGUCCUCCAACUGUUGUUCUUCUUCCCCAUGAUAGUCCUGAACAUAUAAAUCGACCCAUUCAUCGAACUCAUCAAGAACUUCCGAUUCCUGAAGACGUCGCUUCCAUGGUGUCUUCGACAAAAACGCCACGAUCCAUCAUCCGAGCACCAUCCGCAGUUUUUGGAGCAUUAAAAGGGAGUAGUUUGAGGAAAUUAUCGAUUUCCAGGAACAUUCAAAUGACGAGUAAAAGCAAUAAAGACGAGAGUGAAAAGAAGGAAAAAGAAGCGGAAGAAUAUGCGAAGAGAUUCAGAAUUCCAUCGUAUUCUGUAGUUUUGAAGGAAGAAAAGAAGAGAAGUUCAUUUCGGAUUCCAGUUCCCCAAUAUUUCCGAUCAUCGAAGACAAAGACAAAAGUUUAUCAAGUUGAUGCUCAAGAAGAAGAAGAAGAAAUUGAAGAAGUUGUGGACGAAGAAAAAAUGGCAGCCAAGACAGAUUUAGGAGAUACAACUGUUCAUUAUAAAUGGAAAGUCAAGAGGCGAUGUGAUGGAUCAAGAUAUAUUGUUAAGCGGCCGAUAAGAAGUCAGAUUUUGAAAAAGAGAGAGGCUCAGGUGUACAGGGAAAGAGCUCCGAUAUCGACGGAUGAUGAUGCAAUGAGCGAGUUAAAGCUCGGAAGAUUUCAUACGAAAGAAGAAAGAAAGCGGAUAUUGGAGAGGGAAAAAACGAAGAAAUUGAUGAAGUUGCAACAGAAAAUGAUGGAAAAAGCGCAUCCGUCGGAGCAGGUGAUCUACCAAAUGUCCCAACAAAAGCUGGCUCGCCAAAAAGAAGCAAUGGUGAUGGAUGAAUUCGUCACCACCAGAGAAGUCCUUUCCAGUCGUACCCGUCCUGAUGGCAUUCAUGGAGUUGUUUCGGUGACAACUGUCUAA